GCUCCGUUAGUGUCUCUAGCAUUAAGAACUGGACUAAUGGUGUAAAACAUGCCUCCCCAAACGACUCCACCCAAUGGCAUCACAGGGUGCCAGGGUGAAAAACCUCUGACGGACAAUUUUAGUGAGAACUAUGAGGGAGAGAAGAAGUUCAAGGCGCAGAUCGUCUGGAAGAAUGUUGCAUAUUUGGGAUACUUCCAUCUUGCAGCCCUCUACGGGUUAUAUCUCGCACUGACAAGUGCAAAAUUAGCAACGAUUCUGUUUGCCAUAUUCAUUUUCAUUGCGUCUGGUCUUGGAGUUACUUGUGGGGCUCAUCGACUCUGGACUCAUCGAGCCUUCAAAGCCAACUUCGGUCUCAGGGUUGCUCUAAUGAUACUAAACAGCAUGGCUUUUGAGGACAGUGUUUACGAGUGGGCCAGGAACCAUAGAGUUCAUCACAAGUUCUCCGAGACCGACGCAGAUCCUCAUAACACCAAGAGAGGCUUCUUCUUCUCCCACGUUGGGUGGCUCAUGUUGCGUAAACAUCCUGACGUAAUUGAGAAGGGAAAGACCAUCGACAUGUCCGACCUCCUGCAAGAUCCAGUGCUCGUCUUCCAGAGGAAAUACUACAAGUACUUGAUGCCCCUGCUGUGUUUUGGUUUCCCCACGGUAGUUCCUGUCCUACUUUGGUCCGAGACGUGGAACAACGCCUUCCACGUGUCUGCAAUGCUCAGAUAUGUCUACCUGCUCAACUGCGUGUGGCUUGUGAACAGCGCAGCUCACUUCUACGGGGCCAGGCCUUAUGACAACAACAUGGAGCCAAGGGAGAACGUCACAGUAGCAGUGAUGACACUGGGUGAAGGAUGGCACAACUACCAUCAUGCGUUCCCCUGGGACUACCGGUCAUCCGAGCUCGGAUACUUUAGGUUCAACUUCACCACAAGGUUCAUAGACUUCUGCGCCAAGAUGGGUUGGGCUCACGACCUGAAGAGCGCCUCGCUCAAAAUGGUACAACAAAGAGCCAAGAGAACAGGAGAUGGUACUUACACCAACCCCUUCCCUCACAGUGUCUGGGGUUGGGGGGACAAAGACAUGUGUGCAGACGACAUCUGUAACUCUGUCACUCUGCAUGAGCGGAAACUCAAGGCGAGAUAACGUGUAGGACUUACGUUUACCUGUAACACGUGCGUUAAGGAGAUUGUUUGAAGUUGGAAAGUUUGAAGUGUUUUUUGUUGUAAAAAUUAAAGUUAACGGUUUUAUUCUUUAGUGUUGGAGUAGGUGUUGUAUUGUUUUGGAGAGGGAAAUUAAUUUUUAUGUUUUCGCAAAGAUGUUGAAUGUCUGUUCUAUAUGGAUUAUUUGAACUUAUUUUAUGAUACCAUUUUAUGGUAAAGAUGAUCUUAUAGCUAAGCAUUCCCGAUGUGUUAAAACCAAGCAGAGGCGAUCACACCUGGGGUCCCACGCUUCUUAACCCUUAGAGUGCCAGGCGAGAAAUAAAAGUAACGCUCAAAAAAUGCCGAUGAUUUUUCCCGAAGGUCGCGCUAAAAAUGCCGAGCGCGAUCUGGCGAUUUUUAGGUUAAAAUUUCGUAAAAAUCGAAUUUUCGAUAUUUCGACCAACGAAAAUCGAUGUAUCGCAUCUAGUAACUUUCGACUCAAUGUUAAUAUAUGGGUUAAAAGAAUCCGAGUAUCCAUUCGGUUGUUAUGACAACUGUUCGAUCAUUACGAAACGUCCGGUCAGCCGGACGUCGCCACUUUUGGCUCGUUUUAAAAACGUCCGGUUCCCCGGACGUUGGCACUCAAAGGGUUAAGGGCCCCGCACAGCCGUAUUUCAGGGGCCGCCACCGAAGACAAACAAGCUUAGUUAUACUUUAUAUUUGUUAGGAGAGGAUGCAGUUUGGAUGAGAUUAGUACUCAGGAAAUUUACUUUAAGAGCUUUAAAAGUGUUUAAGUGGGCCGAUAGUAGAUUGUAUAGAAUGGUUGUAGUACAAUUAUUUGAAUAUUAUUUUUGUGAUUGUAUCUAUUAUAUUAUUUACAUUUAUGUUACUUUUUCUAUUUAUGUAGUUUGAGAUUGUUGGUGUGAUAUUGUUUACCAACUAUCUAUAUUUUGUUAACAUAAAAGUACCUAAUAAAACUGGGUUCUAAU